AUGACACAGCGUUUUGUUAAUUAUUUGGGUGUAGGUGUUAGUCUUGGAACAGUUCCACUGUACCAUAGCACAAACCUGAAAUUGUUGGAUAAGAGGAUCAAGAUAGCUGAUUUGGUGUUAAGGUUUAUGAUUCUUGGUCUUGGAGUUGUUGCAACUGUUCUUAUUGGAAAUGAUUCACAGGUGAAGGUGUUUUUCUCCUUUGAGAAGGAAGCUAAAUUCACUGAUGUUAAGGCUUUGGUAUUCUUGGUAGUUGCUAAUGGUUUGGCUGCUGGAUACUCUUUGAUUCAAGGACUCCGUUGUGUUGUGAGUUUGGUUAGGGGAAGUGUUCUCUUCAACAAGCCCUUAGCUUGGGCCAUUUUCUCUGCUGAUCAGCUAAUUUUAGGUACUUAA